GCGGUUUUCCGUCAGUUUCACAUCACUAUGAACCGAACGCAGUUCCUGUUCGUCGUGUUCGGCAUCGUGCCCGCUCUAGCCUCAGCCAAAGCCUCAGAACCGGUUCAUCUUCUCGAAUCCGAGGUCAAACCUGGACCACCACAAAUUGAGCCGGAGGAAAGAACCAUCGAACCGCCCGUCAUCACUCUCAGAGACCGGAUACGGAUCGAGGAUGAGGAAGAUAAUCCGAAAGAUGACACAACGAAGGAAGAGCAUCUGGGGCAGCAGAGGGUAUAUUACAACGGUAGUCAAUUGUGGAAGGUUAAAGUCGACAACAGAGAUAAGAUUGAGGUAUUGGUCAAGCUGAGGGAUGAAAAAGACAUCAGCAUGUGGGGAGGAAAUGUGUCCAGCCUCGACGUCCUCGUGAAGCCGGGUUCCAUCCAUAAAGUGAACGAAAUCUUUAAAGACUACAAUUUCAGUUAUAAAGUUGUGAUCGACGAUCUGCAAAAGGCGAUCGAUGAAGAAAAUCCAAUCGAAGUGGAACUCGACGAUCGUAGAGCAAAAAGACUACCAGUUCAAACGAUAAUGGCGUGGAGAGGCGUAACAUCAUUAGGCAACAAACUGGAACUUUGGCCCAACGCUAAUUGGGGACACCGACUAACUUGGCAAGCUUAUCACAGAUUGAACGAUAUCUACGGUUAUAUGGAUUACCUGGCAGAAACCUAUCCAGAUUUGUGUUCUGUACAAACCAUAGGAAAAUCUAUUCAGGGACGACCUAUUAAAGUCUUAAAAGUGUCUGGUAAAAAGAACACAAAACGUGCCAUUUGGGUGGACGGUGGAAUUCAUGCUAGGGAAUGGAUCUCCCCGGCUACUGUCACUUACAUCAUAAAUCAAUUUGUUGCAAAUUUCGAGUCGGAACCCACGUAUAUACAAAAUACGGAUUGGUACUUUGCUCCGGUUCUAAAUCCAGAUGGUUACGAGUACAGUCACACCGUUGACAGAUUGUGGAGAAAGAACAGAAGAAGUGGCGGCCAAUGCUCCGGCAUCGAUCUUAACAGAAACUUCAGAUAUAAAUGGGGCGGGAAAGGCGCGUCAAAAAAUCCCUGCACUGAAACGUUUGGCGGUUCGAGAGCAUUUUCCGAACCAGAGACGGAAUCUAUUGAACGGUUCAUCCUCGGCCUGAAUUCCACCACACAGUGGAAAGCGUACAUUUCCUUCCACUCGUACGGCCAGUACAUCUUGUAUCCAUGGGGAUACGAUCGUGUCGUUCCUCCCGAUUAUCAGGACCUGGAUAGAGUCGGACACAAGGCGGCUCAAGCCAUCAGAAGUGCUGGCGGGCCCCAAUAUACGGUAGGUGGAGCUGGACGAACACUGUAUCCGGCAUCCGGUGGUUCUGAUGACUGGGCCAAAGGAGUAGUUCGCAUGAAAUAUGCUUAUACUAUUGAAUUAAGAGACAAUGGCCGAUACGGCUUCGUCUUACCCGCCUCUUACAUCCAGCCGACGGCCUGGGAAGCUUUAGCCGCCGUCAAAGUCAUCGCCGAAGCCGCCUAUGUUGCCUAACUUUUAGGUUUUAAGUUAUUUAUUGAUAAAAUAAUAAUUAUUUUUCUGUA